UGUAGUUUCCCCGCAUCCUCUCUCGGCUGCAUUUCCAUCCGUUCCUUUUGAAGAGGAAGGGAAGAUGUCGGGUACUGGGGGAGGAAAGCGUCCCUCAGGAGGGGACAGUCCCCCUGGGCCACCUGAGAAGAAAAGCAAAAAAGAGGAGAAGACCACCACUACUCUCAUCGAGCCCAUUAGAAUAGCUGGGGUCUCUUCCACGGAGGAAAUGGACAUGAAAGUGCUACAGUUCAAAAAUAAGAAGCUCUGUGAGCGACUUGAGCAGAGACAGACGAUGGAGGAUGAGCUAAGAGAGAAAAUUGAAAAGCUGGAGAAGAGACAAGCCACUGAUGACACCACGCUGCUGAUCGUAAACAGCUACUGGUCUAAGUUGGAAGAGAAUGUGCACAUUUUACGCAAACGUAUUGAGCUAGAAGCUCCAGCAACAUCAACCCCUGCUCCACCCAUGGCCCCUCUCUCUGGUCCCACAAAUAUGGAGGAAGAAGGCGUCACUCUUGCUUCACCAACCUCUGCCGUUCCUCCACAUCCCCUUCCAGAGGUCCAGAAUGAAGGAGAGCAGUCAGAACAGCAGCUUAAGCAGGAUGAGUGUCAGGAAGUGCGUCAGGAGCAGCCGAAGCCUCCUCCUCCUGCUGGCUCAGAAGAGCUGAUGACACCUGCAGAACCGUCACUAGACUCAGCAACAGAUGCCACACCACCCCCUCCUCCCCUAAGUGAAAAUGCCAAGGGUUUCCUGACCACACUGGAGCACAGCAGCGAGGAAGAGCUCACUCUUCAUCUACAGGGCCGCAUGCAGUUCAGCAAGGAAGCUAUUGCCUGCUUAGUCUGUGUCUUUGACCGGCUCCACAGCCGAAUUGAUGACAUGUGCAAGCAAGUCCAAACUGCAGCGUGUGAGGAUGAUAGUCAGUCUGAUAUCAUCAGUAUGGUCCACACUCUGCUGGAGGACAACAAACGACUGAGAGACCUGGCCACUUCCCUGCAGGGCCGACAUCACAAGAUGUCUAUGGAGUAUAAUGAGUGGGUGGACAAGGUGACCAGCGCUGAGACCAAGGUGUCUGAGAUGGAGACCACAGUGGAGGACCUGCAGUGGGACAUUGAGAAACUUCGCAACAGAGAGCAAAAGCUCAACAAACAUCUGGCAGAGGCUAUGGAACAGCUUAAGUCUGGGUACAGCAGCACUGGCAGCUCAGGUGGUCUCCCUGGAGGACAGAUUACACUGAACAUUCAGAAGUUUGAGAGUCUCAAUGCGGAGUUGGAGCACAACCAGGAGUUGGCGAAUAGCCGCAUGGCAGAGUUGGAGAAACUGCAGGUGGAACUCCAGGAGGCUGUGAGGGAGAGCGAGAAGCUGAAGAUGGAUCUACGUAAUAUUCCAGAAGAGGUUGUGAAGGAGACGUUAGAGUACAAAUGUCUGCAGUCCCAGUUUUCCGUGCUGUACAAUGAGUCUCUGGGGGUCAAAACACAACUGGACGAGGCACGGGCCCUCCUGCUCACGGCAAAGAAUGCCCACCUCCGACAGAUAGAGCACAUGGAGAGCGACGAGCUGUCCCUUCAGAAGAAGCUGCGGACUGAGGUCAUCCAGCUGGAGGACACCUUGGCCCAGGUGCGCAAGGAGUAUGAAAUGCUGCGCAUCGAGUUUGAGCAGAACCUGGCAGCCAACGAGCAAGCAGGACCAAUUAACAGGGAGAUGCGACACUUAAUCAGCAGUCUUCAGAACCACAACCUGCAGUUGAAAGGUGACGUGCAGCGCUAUAAGAGGAAGUUGCGGGAAACACAGAUGGAAAUCAAUAAGUUGCGCUGUCAGAGUGGCGACACGGGUGCUCUGAUUCUCGAGGAGACGACGAGUGACAGCAUCGAUGUGAAGAAAGAGGAGGACGAGGACCAGGAGGAGGAGGAGGAGAGGAGAAAGGAGCUGGAAAGACAGAGGGCCAGGGAGAGAGAGAGGGAGGCUGAGCGAGAAAGAGAGAGGGAGCGUGAGCGAGAGAGACAGCGCAGCGACGAGUUGAAGAGAAAAGACUCGGACACACUGAAGAUGCACAGAGUUGAACUCAAGAAAGCUCAAGAGUCCCAGAAAGAGAUGAAGCUCUUGUUAGACAUGUACAAGUCUGCACCAAAGGAACAGAGGGACAAAGUGCAGCUCAUGGCCGCUGAGCGCAAAGCUAAAGCUGAGGUGGAUGAGUUGAGGAUGAGGGUGCGAGAGCUGGAGGAGAGGGAGAGGAAGGAAAGUAAGAAGCUGGCCGAUGAAGAUGCCCUCAGGAAGAUCAGAGUUGCAGAAGAGACCAUUGAGCAUCUGCAGAAGAAACUUGCUGCCACUAAGCAGGAGGAGGAAGCCCUGCUGAGUGAGAUGGAUGUGACGGGCCAAGCCUUCGAGGACAUGCAGGAGCAGAACAGCCGACUGUUGCAGCAGCUACGGGAGAAGGACGAUGCCAAUUUCAAGCUCAUGAGUGAGCGAAUCAAAUCAAACCAGAUCUACAAGCUGCUGAAGGAGGAGAAGGAGGAGCUGGCUGACCAAGUUCUCAGAUUUAAAACCCAGGUGGACGCCCAGCUGCUGGUUGUGCAGAAGCUGGAAGAAAAAGAGGGCGUCCUCCAGAGCACUCUGUCCACUCUGGAAAAAGAGCUGACUUUACGAACACAAGCACUAGAGCUCCACAAGAGGAAGGCCGUGGAGGCUGCCCAGUUGGCAGAGGACCUGAAGGUGCAGCUGGAGCACACGCAGGCCAAGCUUAAGGAGAUCCAGGUCUCUGUGGCAGAGAACCGCACUGCCCGGGAGAGGGAGAUUAGCAACUUGAAACGAGCACAGGAGGAUCUGUCCAGGCUGAGACGGAAGCUGGAGAAACAGAAGAAGAUGGAGGUUUACACUGAUGCCGACGAGAUCCUGCAGGAGGAGAUCAACCAGUACAAGGCCAAACUGCGCUGCCCUUGCUGCAACACACGAGACAAGGAGACGGUGCUCACCAAGUGUUUCCACGUAUUCUGCUACGAGUGUCUGAAGAUGCGUUACGACACCAGACAGAGAAAGUGCCCAAAAUGCAACUGUGCCUUUGGCGCCAACGACUUUCACCGCAUCUACAUCACCUAAUUCACGCGGCGUCCAGAGGAGUGGAGAGAAGAGAACCAAAGUGGAGAAGAAGAAUGGAGAAAAGGAACUGACUGAGGAUUUAUUCAAAGACGUUCAAACGUGUGUUUCCCUGUUUUAAUCUCUCUUUGGAAAGACAUUUUUUUACUGCGUCAUUGCCAGUUGGCGAUUAAUGUUGUGACCAAACAAUGACACAUCUAACUGAGAGAUUUGUGCUGUAGCUAAUAAACACAGUUGUUUGUGCAAA